AUGAUGAACACCUGAUACAAUACAAAGGCGAUCAUGAAGGACGUGUACUUACAAAGUUAAACAGGUUACGUAAAAGAAAAGUGUUUACUGAUGUCACGUUCAAAUUAGAUGAUGGAGAAGUUUCAGCUCAGAAAAGUAUUCUUGCUGGAUAUUCUGAUUAUUAUGAGAAAAUGUUCACGUCUGGGUUCAAGGAAGGUUUUAAUGAAGAUAUUGAAGUAAAGGGGAUGAAGGCUUCAAUAUUAGAUUUGUUGUUCACUUUCAUUUACUUACAAGUGAUCGAUAUAAGCGAUAAAACUGUUUGCCAACUUUAUGAGGCUUCAGAUUACUUGCAGUUUAAUGAUGUGAAGGGAUAUUGUGUUAGCUUCUUCAAUGAUGCACUUGCUGUUGGGAACUGUUUAAGUUUCCGUUCCUUUGCACAAAGAUACCAGCUUCUGGAAUUGGUGGAAAAAUGUGACAAAUUCAUUGUUGACCACUUAGAGUUGGUUUCCAAAGAAUUGAAAUUCAUGGAUUUAUCCUUAGAUGAAGCUGAAUCUCUGAUUGCAUUGAAACAGAAACAGGAUUCUGGCCGAGAUUCGAUUUUCAGGACCAUCUUGAAUUGGAUCAAACACGACUUUAAACAACGCCAGCAAUUCAUUGAACGAUUGUUUCAACUGAUUGAUGUCAAGAAACUAUCAACUGCAUUCCUUGAAGAGAUUGUUAAAAAAUCUGAGAAAUGGAUUAAAAGAACAGAUUAUUUUCUUGACAUUCUCAACCCAGAAUAUGUCGCUCGUCUUGAAAAAAAUCAACUGCCUUUACCAGGUGGUGCUGCGGCACAAGGUGGUACUAGACUAGCUAGAGAAGAUGAAACAUUCGAGUUCAUGAUUGUAGGUGGUAGAACACAAGGAAACUUGUUCAAAUUUAUGACGUUGUUGGGAAACAUUUGAGAGAAAUAAAGUCAACCUUGUAUGAAAGGUGGGGUUCAACCAGUGUGAAGAUAAACAACCAUGUUUAUACGGCUGGUGGUGAUGAUUCCAACUUUGUCGAAUGUUUAAGUUUAAUCCAAGUUGAUGUUGGUUGGAACGAGGUGGCAUC